AUGACUUUUCUGGCCUUUUGGGCUUCCUCCUUGGCCUUGGCCUUCGUGGCUUUGGUCCCCCUGAACGCGGCCCAGAAAUCCUUGCCAACCGGCCCCAUCAUUGCUGCCUGGCAAAACUGGGGAGCCUGCAAUGAGACUCAAACCCUUCAAGCUGUGGAGAGGGGCGUGAACGUAGUCUUCUGGUUCAGCACGAACCUGGUGAAAGAUGAUGGACAGCCGAAGAUUAAGGGACCCAUCCCAGACCUGGACUGUGUGGCCAGAGUUCGCCAAAAGAUCCUUGCGAAGAAUCUUCCCACGGCUCAUCUUAUCACCGUUGGGGGUUGGGAUGCGCCACAUCCUGAUACCGCUUUCACUGGUGCCGAGUGGUUUCAAGCUUGGCACGACUGGAAUCAAGCGUUGCCAAUGCCAUUCGAUGGUUUUGAUUGGGACCUUGAGGGCAAUGAUGAUGUCAAGUCUGAAUGGAACGUCUUCAGCUCGAAGUGCUUAGAGCUUGUUGUCGACAUGUCAGCUGCCGCGAAAGCUGCAGGGUAUUUAGUGACCAUGGCACCUCCGCAAACAUACUUUGCUUCGACCGUGACGGAUUUCAAUCGCUACCUCAACAACUCCAAUCCCGACUAUCAUCCGGACUUCCACUACCGGGGUCGCAAUGGCUACGCCUACAUGUGGGCAGCUGCGCCUCCGGGAACUUUUGACUUGGUCUCUGUUCAGUUGUACGAGACCUAUGCACCUGCCAUGCAGGCGCUGUCUGAAGGCAUGUCUGGCGUGGAGUACCUGCGAAGCUGGGCAGCCGAAUUUCUCAGCGGAUGGACCAUCAACUUCAAUGAUCCCACGCUGAGACUGCAAGGGAAUGUUCCCAUCAUGGUACCGCAAAGCAAGUUUCUCAUAGGAUUCAGUUUCGGAAGUCCUCCAAAGUCAGCCUUCUUUUGGCCAGAAACAGCAGAAGUGGCCUACAUGACCGCACCAAUCCUUGAACGGCCUCGAGGCUAUGCGUUUUGGAACAUUGCCAUGGAGGACAGCCUGGCAAAUCACUCCAAUCGGAGUCUGAGUUUUGCAGCUGGACUGAACAGUUUUCUGCACGUGCGAGAUCCACUGGAGACAAAGGAAACGCUCAGAUCACUGAGAUCGCAGCGGAAGGUUCAGAAAGAACCCGCCAAGGUUCUGCGGUGCCUCUGCGCGUUGUGCAGCGAAGGAUUUCCGUUCCUGGGGGGUCAGGCCAUCCCAGGCCCCACUCAGGCUGUCGGAAAGUCCUUCCUGGGCGGUGGUGGGGGCGGGGUCAAUUCUGCCCUCAUGGCGUGUGGUCAAGUAUGCCGUUGGACUGGAGAUGUUGCACCAGUAUCGCUCUCCGAGGGUAGGCUCUAUGUGGAGGAGCGUUUGUACACCCAUCCAUUGUUUGAGUUGGCCCGCUCAGACACCAGCCGGGUGGUGGAUCGCAAUGGUGCCAGUACCAGGUUGAACACCUCCGAGCGUGACGAUCCCGAAGCGGCCAACCCUCAGGUUCAGUUCUCCGAGAUUCGCGCCUUUGCUGGGCAGGGCCGGUCCUUAAACCAGGCACCGCCAUCGUCAACUCCGUACCAGAAUAUGGGAAUGCCAGCGGAGUCUCGACAAGCAUGGUUGAAACGGAUGGAGGAGGAUCAAGCUCAACGGGGCAAGACAGUCAGAGAGUUGGAGGACGACCGGCUGAUGCAGAAGCGUUGA